CAGCAUUAAAAGACAACAAGACUUCCCCAUUCCAUUUCUACGUGACAAUAGGACACAGAGGCUCUAGCCAGGUUAUGCUCACGUCACCAAGUACCCCACAGGUGCACAGAGAGGCCAUAAAUCAGAAAAUAAGAAAGCCCGGUGGCCCGGCUGCCAACGUGGCUCGCGGAUCAGUAGUUAAAGCGACCUUCGCGACGUCAACAACCUGGGCGGACAUGAACUCGCCUCGGGCUUGAUUUGUCCUGACACCAGUACGAGCCUUCCACUUUCCCUCAUUCCUGUCGCCGAGAUACCGAGAUAUACUAAAAAGCCAGGAUGGGUUCUGAUAAGAAUGCCCAAGGGCACAUCCUCAAGUAUGUGAGCCUGGUAACACUCACAGUACAAAACUCUGCCGUUGCGUUAAGUAUGCGCUAUGCAAGGACUCGGACAGGAGAUAUGUUUAUUGCGUCCACAGCUGUUGUGAUGGCAGAGUUUGUCAAGCUCUUGGCUUCUCUCUUUCUAGUAUGGAAGCAAGAGGGAUCUUUGCAGCACUGGUUCAUGGCACUACACACCCAAAUAUGGCAGCAGAAAUUAGACACUCUGAAAGUGUGCGUCCCUUCGUUUAUUUACCUUGUGCAGAAUAAUCUGCUGUAUGUGUCUGCCUCCAACCUUGAUGCUGCUACCUACCAGGUGACAUACCAGAUGAAGAUUCUAACAACAGCCAUGUUUGCGGUUCUGAUUUUGAGAAAGCAGCUCCGUGGCACACAGUGGUUAGCUUUGGUGUUCCUGACUGUUGGCGUAGCUCUGGUGCAGCUGUCUUCGAGUGAUGGAGGUUCCUCAGCCAGCUCCAGUGAUCAAAAUCGUCUUUUGGGUUGUGUAGCUGCAAUUGCAGCAUGUUGCUGCUCAGGAUUUGCAGGAAUUUACUUUGAGAAAAUUCUUAAAGGGUCAGAUGUUUCAGUUUGGGUCAGAAAUGUUCAGCUGUCAUUCCUGUCACUUCCCCUAGGUGUUAUGACUGCAUACAUGAAUGACUUUUCAUCUAUCACUGAAAAAGGGUUCUUCUUUGGGUAUGAUGGGUAUGUGGUGUACUUAGUAGUCCUCAAUGCCGUUGGAGGCUUGUUAGUGGCAAUGGUCGUUAAGUAUGCAGACAACAUUUUAAAGGGCUUUGCAACUUCAUUAGCAAUUGUAUUAUCUACAAUUGCCUCAGUAUUUAUGUUUGGUUUUGUAAUAACAUUCCAGUUUGCAGUUGGUACCGCAAUGGUGAUUGGCUCAAUCUUCCUGUACAGCCACGAGCCAAAGAAACCAACAGCCAACCCCAUGGGUAGCACCACUGGAGCUAGUGACAGCAACUCUACAUAAAAAAGCUGAUGAUUCUCAAGAAUCUUCAGGGAGUAUUCCAAGCCAGUGUUGCUUUCUAAAUGCCAAACUUUUUAAAUUCUAUUUUAUUUUCUAAUUCAUAAUUCAUAAUGAAGGAAGCAUUACUGAUGUUUGGUAACUGAGUUGGUAUAUUUCAUACAGUGAUGAAUAGCUAAUUACUAUUGGGAAAGGCAACUGGCUCCUUAUUUUGUUUUCCAUGAUCUAAAUUGUUGGUUAAAUAUAUCAUUAGUGUUGUGGUUAUUAAAUUUCAUGGACAGUAUUAUAUAGUAUCAGUAUUAAUGUAUUUCCUUUUUGUUAUGCCAUCUGCUGUGUCAUCAGUGCAUUUCAUUUCAUUUAUAAUUUUUUGUGUUUCUGUUUCGAGUCAGGUGAUUAUUGCAUUUAAAUACAUGUUUGGUGUGACAGAUUAGUGUCUGUGUAGGAUAUCUCUCUCUCUCUCUCUCUCUCUCUCUCUCUCUCUCUCUCUCUCUCUCUCUCUCUCUC